GUCUAUUUAUGGGUGUCUGUAUCUUGCAUUGGCCUGAAAAUGUACAAUAAAUGGAACAUGCAACUAGAAGAGACCCACGUCCAGCAGUACCUCCAACAAUUGUCCAAGUGCGUGUGUCCCCAGUGUAUCCUGAAGUAAAUCCCGACCAAUUACGAAGGCCACAUCCAAAUCUCAUGAUAUUGACAUUGAUGAAAUAACUCCUUUAACGAAAAAGACCUGUUGAAAGCCGAUACAUCAGACGAUCAGUUCACAUCAAGAUACCGGAAACAUGGAUAAUUGCAUCAGAUGAGGAACUGUCAGAGUGUGCCUUCUUUAGUAAAGAAAGAGAUGGUGCUGUUUCAAAAUGUUCAGUCUAUUAGUCAAGUUUUUAGUUCCUCUACUGCCGUUCCCAUCUCUUUUGAAUCAAACAGAUCACUGAAACCAGUAAGUCGAGAGAGCCAACUCACAGACUUGUUUCGGUUUGUUAGGUCAGAAGGAAAAACAUGACAGAAAAUUAAAAUUUUUCAUCAGACAAAUUGUUCUUUUGAACUCUCCAAAAUAUGGGCGACUUUGCAGUGUUGCAGAUUUGAUCCUUGUGUUUAGGUGGUUUGCAAGGUCAUAUGCACAGAAUCAAUGGUAAGAAUAACUACGACAAAGGGCAGCUUUUUGUGUGCUUCGAUUAAUGUAUGUGUCCAGUGGAAUGUUUGUUGUUUUCUAAUUGUCCACUAAUAUAUCAUAUUACUGCUUGUUUUAUAUUGUUUGUGUUUGUGGCAUGUGCUUGCAAAUAUUGUAAAGCCAUGCUUGAUCAAGAUUUUAAAUAUUGUUCUUUAUGUUUCCUGAUUAAUAAAUACCCUUGCAAAGAUAUCAACAUAGUUACUACAGUGCUAUACAUUCAUCGUCGCUAUUAAAAGUUCUCUUAUUAUUUUUAAGUAUUUGCUUUAUAUUUCAGUUAAAUCAUUAAUAGUUAUGUUCGAUUCCCUUUUGAAAGUAAUAGUUGCGUGAAAGAAAUGAUACAUGUAUACUGUAAAUGCCUUAAUUUUGGACACUUGUUUAAUCAAACACACGACAUGGGGCUCUCACACCCUUUCAUUUCUGCAAUACACAUUGUCUGGGCUGGGCCCCAAUAGCUGUGACCUACUUUGGGUGAUAUGGCCUGUACUCUGAUCAUCUUGGCUGACCACCUUUUAGUGGCCCCCACUCCCCGCCCCUGGCCUUAUACGUCCUAGUAGGCUGGCUCUAAAGGCUAAAGAACAUGCAGAUACAAUUGACCUCAGUUGGAAAGGGCAACGGGGAAUUAGGUACAACCAAUUUACAUGCACUUAACGAUGUACAUUUCAGAAAUAAUUUUCUAACUCGUUAAUCCCCAGGUUCGUAGAUGACCUGCCUCGGAAUCAUACUGUGAACAUCUUCAAACAUAUUUUGACUUGGGAUUGAAUACAAUUUGGUGACCAUUAUACCCCAUCAUAAUUGUCUACACAAGCUGGAAGCAGGAUAUUAUAAAACAGAAAGGUCUCACCAGAUAGUGACAAACAUGGCACAGGUCGAUGCGGAAGCUCUGUUAAAGGCCAACAAAGCUUUGGUGGUUAUUUUUAUCCUAGGAAUUUUUGCAUCCAAUAUUUUUCUACUUUUCAAAAUACUCCGGAAAGGGCGGCUUCUUCAGAGUCAGAGUAAAUUCCUAGUUAUGACCCUCGCUGCGGGUGACAUUUUCCUGGCGUUGUUUUCCUUGGUUAUCUUAGCUCGUCAGCUUUAUGAAAGACAUAUCCAUAUCUCAUGUAAUACACUAAUAGUUUCUAUGAUGUACUCAUCAUGUUUCCUCCCGUUUGUGUAUGGAGUUGGUAUAAUUGUCCUCUGUGGGGAACUCGGUUUCCGGAAAAAACUUCGCUCUUUGAUUCCCAGUCCUUACGUAUCGUCCAUACUGGUGGCCGCGGUACCUUGGAUUGCUGGACUCAUCCUGAUAUUGCCCUUAUAUUUGGCUGGCUUUGAUUAUGUGAGCUGUUCGUAUGGUGAUUCCAUGACAAUUAAUCGGGGAAGGGCUAUUUAUGUCGUUGGCAUUGUUCUUCCAUCAGCUUUGGCUGUGAUCUUCGCUCUCAUGAGCAGCUGUAGGAAAGGUGAUGCAAUAUCUGAGUAUUACGACUCUCCUCAAUCUCAAGAUGUCGUGAUUAGUCAGGCAGUGACAACACAUAACACUCAAGGAUUCCCACAACAGCAGUACUAUCCAGGACCUCCACAACAGCAGUACUGUCCAGGACCUCCACAACAACAGUACUAUCCAGGACCUCCACAACAACAGUACUAUCCAGGACCCCCACUAGAGAAAAACGAUCCUGUGCCACUACCAGCAACAGCACAACAGCCAUACUACCCUGCCUCUCAGCCACCUCCUUACGAAAGGGUUCCACAAGACCCUGGUCUCAAACAACCCGCCUACCCUCCACAACCGAUGCACCCUACACAAGCUGUGAUCCAAACACCAGUGAGCUCGACACAGCCACCCUCAGAUCAACAACUGUUAGCGGCAGUCAGGAAUGAGCAAAGUACCUUGGUCAAAGUUGCUGUUCUUUACGCUAUUUUAUCAUUGCCUAUGGCUCUCUUCACACUUUGCUACACCCUGAACAAGGACCGUAUUGCCAUAGAUCAACUCACUUACACCAUUUUGAUCGAAGUAUUUAAGUGGAUGCUUUAUCUCCGCUCCAU